UAAUUUUACUCAACAACGACACGAAAAGCCAGGGAGAAAGAAGACAUGAAUAAUUUCACUGAACAACGAACGCGCCUUUGUUUACACAACAAACCCUCGCGAGCCAAAUGUCACAACAUAGGGACCGAUCAUCCACCAGUUGAGGAAUAUUAGCCAAUUAAGCAAAAGGAGAUCUCCACAAAAGGUCAAAAGGGAUAAAUACAUCAUAUGAUAAUCCACAAAAACGGAAGGAAGACCCAGGAAAAAUAUAGCCUGAUGUGUGAAGGCUAUUAAAAGAAGAUAAAAGGAAUAGAGGAUCCAAAGCAACUCCUUCAUAUGCCACCCAGUUCUUUCGGGUGAUGCAUGAAAGAUGACUUCAGUCAGGAACAACCAUUUUCAAGAGCUUCCUCCAGAGCAGGAGCUUAUUGCACCUUUUGGAGUCUUCAGAGUUAGAGGUGGCAUUGCUUUUGGCAGAUGCUGUGAGGUGUAUGAGGGGGAGGACUGUGUAUCAGGGGGCCCUGUGGCUCUCAAGGUAUUUAGACGCCACCAAGACUACCAGGGAGCACUGCAGCGAGAAUUGAUAUUUUUGCGUGCCCUGGCUACUCCUGAUGCCCCAGUCGUGCAACAUUUGGGAGAGUUGGAGUUGCAGGAAAUGUUUUCUUCCAGAGCUGCAUUAACGUUCAAGCAGAGCAUACCGUUAUUCUACUGUAUCACGAGGACCUCCCUUGCUCCCCCUGGCUUUGGUGACUGA